GCAGCAAGCUGCAAUCCUGGAGGACUUGGUGAGAAACGUGCCCCUGGAGUUUGAUUUCCUCUUCUCCAAAUCACACGCAGAAGUCAUCUCAGGGAAACAGGAAGGUGUCUAUGCUUGGAUCGGCAUCAACUUUGUCCUGGGCCGGUUUGAUCAUGAGGAUGAGGAGGAUGCGGUUGUCACUGUAGCACUGGGAGACCAGGGAGAGUCCCUGGUUCGGAAACGAACAGUUGGGAUCCUAGACAUGGGGGGCGCUUCCCUGCAAAUCGCCUACGAAGUACCCGACUCCGGAGCCUUCUCCUCCCCACAGCAGGAGGAGGCUGCUAAGAGCUUGCUGGCAGAAUUCAACCUGGGCUGUGACGUGCAGCACACUGGCCACGUGUACCGUGUCUACGUCAACACCUUCCUGGGCUUUGGGGGCAAUUUUGCCCGGCAGCGCUACGAGGAUGUUGUGCUGAACCAGACCUAUGUGCAGAACCGCGUGCGGGGGCGAGGGGACUGGCCAGCCUGCGUGGAGCAGCUACAGCCCCUCCUAGGGGGGCCCAACAGCAGCCAGGCCUCCCUGGUGGGGGCUUACAAAGCACCCAUCGACUUCGGCAACAGCGAGUUCUACGGCUUCUCUGAGUUCUUCUAUUGCACCGAGGAUGUGCUACGCCUGGGGGGCCGCUACAGUGCCCCCACCUUCACCUCCGCCGCCCAGGAGUACUGCAGCCAGCGAUGGGAGGUGCUGACCCAGCGCUUCCGUGGUGGCCUCUACUCAGCACACGCCGACCAGCACCGGCUGAAGUAUCAGUGCUUCAAAUCGGCCUGGAUGUACCAAGUUCUUCACCAGGGCUUCCGCUUCCCCCUGGACUACCCCAGCCUGCGCACGGCCCAGCUGGUGUACGACCGAGAGGUGCAGUGGACGCUGGGAGCCAUCCUCUACAAGACACGGUUUCUGCCACUCAGGGAUCUCCGGCAGGAGAGCAUCCGGCAAGCACAUGCCUCCUGGCUGCGCCUCUCUUUUGUCUACAACCACUAUCUCUUCUUCGCUUGCAUCCUGGUUGUAGUGCUGGCCAUAGUCCUCUACCUCCUGCGGCUGCGCCGCAUCCACCGCCGGCAGCUGCGCUUGGCCCAGCUCACCCUGCUCUGGCUGGACAAGGUGGUGGUGCCACCAAGCCAGGGAAAUGGGCCAUGACACCACUG